AUGAAAUUUUUGCUAAUUGUGAUUUUUGCACUGAUAAGUUGUGCCUUAGCUCAUAAGUACAAAUCAGGAGAAUGCCCAAGUGUCGAGCCAAUGCAAAGUUUUGACAUGAGAAAGUUCCUUGGGAUUUGGUAUGCCGUACAAAAGACUGCAACUGCUUCAGAAUGUGUAAUUUAUAAUUUCACUCAACAAGAGCCUGGACUUUAUCACAUCCAACAAUUAUCACAAGAUUAUUUAAUUGGACUAGCUCCCGUCUCACAUCGUUAUAGUUACACAGGAGAAUUGGAAGUAAAGGACAGUGAUAUUCCAGCCAAAAUGCGCGUUAGAUUUCCAUUAAAUGUCUUACCUGGUCAGGUCGACUUUAAAGUCUUUAUGACAGACUACGAUAAUUAUGCUGGAAUAUUCACAUGCCAAAAAUUACCUGUUGGUGCUCAUCGACAGUCUGCCACAAUUUUAUCACGUACUAAGGAUAUUGAUCGCGCAUACAUCGAUAAGAUUCGAUCACGCCUUACAAGUUAUGGAGUCAAUGUCUUUGAUUUAUCAAUUAUUAAUCAAGCUAAUUGCAGGAUGGUAGAAGAUCCUAAAAUUAACGUUGAUAUUGAUCCAGAAACAUUCUCAUCACAAAACAUUGGCAGUUGGGUGAGAAAGGCUGGCGAGAAAAUUGGUGACGGUGUUGAAUGGACAGUUGACAAGACAAAGAAGAUUUACAAAUCAGUAACUCGUGAUUCUGGAGAGAGCAUUUCCGAGAGAAGCGCAAAAAUGACUGAAUCUGAAAAGCCAGCGUGGUUCCCAUAA